AUGGCGCCUUCGAGUCCUAUACCGUCACCGGUCGAUUUCCCAUCGCCUGAUUUUUCUCUGAGCGGAGGCUACUCACCUGGUUCAUAUUCUCCAGGUCCAGCUCUUUCACCAGAUUUCGGACCUGAACGCGACUGGCGAGAUUAUAGAGAACAGAUUCCGAAGCUACCCUCUACCCGACCUCGGGCUCUUACACCAACAGGGUUCAGAGAUGGCGAUGAGAGUCAGCAGCGACCAGCUGCAGUCUUUCAACAAUCUCGCUGGUUCAAGAUCCCUGCCAAUCUAAGACGCGAUAUCCUUCGAUUGGCAUUCGGAGGCAAGCGCCUUCACAUGCAUCUCAAUUUUGACGCUCAAGCUCUCGAUUCAGAUGAUGCAGAGAGAAAACUUUGGUCGUGGAAUGGAUGUAUCUGCGUUCGAAAGUAUGAUCCAGAGCUGGGUCCCAUGACGCGCGGUGGCCUUAACCCAGGUCCUUGGAUUGAUCGCUGUUGUGAUCCGAUUAAUGUCCCGAAGCCACCGCCUGAGAAUAUUGGGAUUAUGGGUUGGCUGCAGUCUUGUCGUCAAAACUACGCAGAGACGAUUGAUCUUCUAUACUCAACAAACACCAUCAUUCUUUCCGGCGAAGCAACAAUCAUUGAGCUGCCAUCGCUCAUAACGCAUAACCACAUUAGCACGAUUACCGCCCUCGAGAUCAAAUACCCCAUUAACAAAGACAAUGUUCUCGAGGAUGCCCUUAACCUUGUCCGUCCUGGCUCCCAUUCUCCCGGAUUCCCAAAUCUCAGGCGUCUCUACGUCUCUAUGGAAUGGAGCGGCGUAGAUACUCGCGAUCCUGAUCCAGAUGAAUUGAUCGAGUCAUUCGACAGCUUGGCGCGAGCAAUGCAUCAGAUCGAAGAGUGCGCUUUUGCCAUUCCCAUGGAAUGGUUCUCACGCAUCUCCUGGCAUCAGAUGCGAAGCGAAACGACGGGCAAGCAGAUUACCUACAGCCAGUUUUGGCGUGAGCUCGCCAAUGCCGAGGAUGGUGGCAAUGAUGCACAUGAUCUUCCACGGGCCAGGGUUGAGGUCAUACAGCUGCCCUAUGUUGAUAGCUAUCCGAAACCUCCACACCACUUGCAGAAUCCUGGUGUUGGGUAUUGGAUCCUAGAGGCUAGUGAAAUGUCGUUGAAUGCGGAUUAUGAUUAUCUGACUGGGCAUUACACAGAUGACUACAGCAUAUAG